AUGAUAACCUACGGGUCGGUGGCGUGGUGGACAAAGACAUCGCAAGUGGGUGCGGUAAGGCUGUUAAGUUCCACACAAAGGCUUGCGUGCCUGUGUGUAACUGGGGCCAUAAAAACCACUCCUACAAAUGCGAUGGAAGUCUUGUUGAACUUACCACCACUAUAUAUUUUCAUACAAGGCGAAGCCAGAUCUGUCAUACACGGGUUAAUUCACGGUCAGCAGCACAUAAGCCAAACGCAUAGUGCUGCUAACCAGAAGCUAAUCGAAGAGCUAAAAGCAGACAAAGCAGGCGGGGCGGUGGCGUGCUGCGGGGAUGGCGCGGGCGGCCGGCAGGUGACGGGCGGGGGCGGCGCGGCGGGAGGUCGCCGACGUCACAGCGGCGGCGCUCCCGCCGCACGUCGCCGCUGCGGGCUGUGCUGGGCGCUGGUGACGCGCGCCCUACGCCGAGCGGUCUGCGGGGCGGGGAGCAGCAGGCGAUCGUCGAGCGAAUCGUACCAGGAGCUGCAGCCGGCGCAGCAUCCCGAGGAGGAGCAGGUUCCAGCUGGAGAAAACGGUAUUUCCAUUGAUUUCAACGGAGGAAACGUUACGUACAUUCCGAUCAAUGUACCAGCAGAGAUAUCCCCACUGCAAAAGUCUUUCUCCAAGGAAGACUGGGUCCUGUUGGAUGCAAUGGGCUCCUGUCCAACGCCACAAUGCUCGGGAAAAUUUCUUACCAUGCACAAGAGACGACGCAAAAGACUUACCACACGAUCCUUAGCACAGGACCAUGCUAUUCUUGAUGACAUUCAUCAUGGCUUAGUUCAGCGAAUUUUGGAGCGUUGCAGCGCGUGGGCCUUCAACGCAUUCACCUUGGAAACCGUAGCCGGUGGUCGAUCACUGCCCGUACUUUGCGUACACCUUUUCCACUGGUACGGUUUGCUGGAUCACUUCCAGUUGGACGUCGUGCGCGUCUGGAAAUUAUUUACUCUUAUAGAGGAGGGGUACCAUAGCACAAACCCCUACCAUAACUCGAUUCAUGCGACUGAUGUAACACAAGCAAUGCAUUGUUUUUUACAGGAGGAAAAGAUCAGGCGACACGUGACUCCUCUCGAAAUAAUGGCGUCUCUAAUCGGUGCUGUCGCUCACGAUCUGGACCAUCCUGGCGUUAAUCAACAUUUUCUCAUCACUACUUCUAAUCACCUUGCCAUUCUGUAUCAAAACAUGUCUGUAUUGGAAAACCAUCACUGGAGGUCAGCAAUGGGAUGUUUACUCGAAAGUGGCUUGACUGAACAGUUGGAACCGUAUCGCAGUGAACUAGAGCAGCAAAUAAGAGAUCUCAUUUUAGCGACUGAUAUUAAUAGGCAACAGGAAUUCUUAUCGAAAUUUAAGAAACAUAUAGAUGACGGCACUCUUGACUUGAGACUGGCGGAAAACAGACAGUUUAUUCUCCAGAUCGCUUUAAAAUGUGCAGAUAUUUCCAAUCCGACAAGGCCGUGGGACAUUUCGCGAAAGUGGUCGUUGAAAGUGUGCGACGAGUUCUUCAGGCAAGGAGAGUUCGAACGACAACUAAAUCUGCCCGUAACAUCCAUUUGCGACCAGCAGUCAACGUCGGUUGCCAAAAUACAAGUUGGAUUUUUUCGUUUUGUGGUAACUCCGCUCUUCUCCGAAUGGCACCGUUUUAUGAGAAGCGCCCUCUCAACCUACAUGAUGAGACUGCUCGAUUCAAAUCGUACGCGCUGGGAAGAACAGGAAAAAGCUGAACAAGCUGAGGAGACUCAAACGGAGUUGUCCGAUGCCGAACCGGAAAUAAGCGAAGAUGAGGAACCGACGAAAAGAUCGUCUGAUGCCAGCACUAGCAUUCACGAUUUCAUACCGCCACCUUCACAAAAGGAAACCAGAAGACAAUCACUUGCAGUGCCAACGCUAGAAUCGUUAGGCGUCAGACGCCAUUCCGUUCCAGUUCAUAUGGAUAUACCAGUAAUGACAUCUGGAUCUCCCCAAAGACAUCAACAUUCUCAACCUCCAAGAACAAUUUAUCGACGCGAAAGUCUGCCGGCCACGGCUUCUUUGCGCACCUCUCAGGGUAGGUCUCCGGUUUCGCCUCAGACCGAAUCCAGAGCUUCCAGCGGACUCAGAGAAGAAGACGAAUUAUUACACUUUGGUUCUCAGUCGUCAGUGAUUAGUAGUGGAAGUCCAUAUCAUUCCUCAGAAGAAAAUCCGGAACGUCCUCUUAGCGCUGAAAAUCUCCUACCGGAGCCGUCGAUUGCUUCGAUGUCGAGCAGUUCAGCAAUAAGCCGUCUGACUUCGGUACUGCAAAGCGCAGCGGAGAGGGCGACGCAAGCCACGAUCGGAUCCGCAACCAAAUGCUUGACUAGACAGCAGACAUUCCCUCCUCCGCAACCGUACAUGAGGGUGAGGUACAUGAGUGCCACGGUCGAAAUGACCACAUGUCCUGAGACACCACACGAAGGCGACAGUAGAACUUCUUCCAUUAGCUCCCACGAGAACAUAUCAACCAACGACAAUACUCAUCCACCAAACUAUAACAUUCCUGCUAUAGCAGUGCUCAGUCCUAAUAAUAGUCGCCCACCAGAUUUACUUUUACCAGGAGAAUCGAAAACUUACAGUAAUAACAAUAAACGCGAGACGGAUACAGCAAGUGGAGAAAACGAUAAGGACAAAAGAGUGAAAUUAUCAGAAAGCAGCGGCCCGUUUUGCGAGAAAGAAAAUGUCGAUCCCAGAAGAUUACAAGCCACGAGUCUGUCAAGACGGAGAGGGUCUGCACCCGUGUCUUUACCAUUAUCAAAGCCAGAUGAGAACGUACCCACUGCUGGCGGUGGGUUAACCACAUCUGACCUCCAAGCGCUACGUAGAGGCUCUGUACCUGUGGAAAUAGUGGCUCACUUUAGAAGCUUUGAGGAGGAUAAUGGUAAUGAACCCUCUGGACAUAUAAUAAAUAUAACUCCAGUUGAAACUAAUCGUACCUUUGGACAGUACCCAAGGCGAGGUUCCGCUCCAGUGGACCUGCCCCCUAGUGGCGUUACUAGUCGAUAUGAAUUUACUCGUCAUACUAGUCUUAAUGGCAAGGCGUGCCGUGGCCGUAGCAAAAAACCCCUGCGCAGGCGCAGUAGCGGUGGCACGGAACCGGGGAGCGCCGUGUCCGAGAUCGGUGGGGGCGGCGGAGGCGGAGGCGGCGGCGGCGGUGGCGGUUCCGAUGCCCUGGCUCGUUUCUGCGCCCAACUGCACCGACGCUCCACCGCAGAGAGUCCCGACGCGCUGCUGGCUCGGCGCCGUGGCUCUUUGCCCAUCGAGGUCCUUACUGUUGGCCACUCAGUGUUUUGACGGUUACCAUUACGCCACUAGGGCCGUCCAAUACGCAAUAAGGACCAACCUUUAGAAAAACAAACCUGACGACUGACAUCAAAAGAAAAAAUAACGUUUUUCACCAGUUUAGCUCACUAAUCGUAAGGUUCAUUAAUCGUAUCCGUAAUUUAUUAAUAAGUAAUGAACAAGCCAAAUAUUCAUUAAUAAAUGUGUACUAAGUUGUGUCGUUUUAGAAGAGCUAAGAGAAAAUUAAUACAAAUUAUAUUACAAUAAAGUUCUGUAACAUCCUUUCUUUAAGAUUUAAGGAAAACGGUUAAAUGAAAACAAAGUAUUAAAUAAUCAAAAUUUAUUUUGUAGUUGGUCUCCAAUGGGGCAAAAUAUUCUGCGAUGUUUUAAGCAUAUUAUUUUCUAUAUUUAGUAAAAAUAGCUUAAAAAUAAUAUAAAACACUAUUUCGAUAAUGUUGCAUUCAUUAUUGUAAAGAGAUAAUAUUUUACAUUAUACAGGGUGGUCCGAAUUGUAUUAGGGAAACUUAUACAGGGUGUCCCA